AUGCCAGCCUCCAAGGAUAUCAAACGAGCCCUGGCUCGCGUUCGCGCCGCCUUGCCCGUCGAGAGAAAGGUGGCCGUCGCCCGGCGCGACAUCCGCCUUGGCCUGGAGCGCAUCAGCCGCAUCGUCCCCGACCAGCAGAGCUGGCUGGGCGUCCAUGUUGGCGGAACAAACGGCAAGGGCUCCAUCUGCGCGCUGCUGGCCGGCAUGCUCAAGCGCGCCGGCAUCAGCCACGGCCUCUUCGUCUCGCCCGCCAUCCCCGAGCCGCACAACGGCGUCAUCGUCAACGGCCGCUUCGUCAACAAGCGCAUGCACCGGCUCGAGCUCGUCGACGUCGACGCCGCCUACCGCCGCGCCGCCUCGGGCUGGACCUUUGCCAUGGGCGAGGACCCGGGCGACCCAACCCCCUUUGAGCUCGAGACGGCCGCCGCCUUUCGCAUCUUCGAGACGAUGCGCGUCAAGUACGGCAUCGUCGAGGUCGGCAUGGGCGGCGCCACCGAUGCCACAAACGCCAUGAGGCAAAAGUCCGUCACCGUCAUAUCCAAGAUCGACCUUGACCACCAGAGCUAUCUCGGCAACACCAUCGAAGAGAUCGCAAAGGUCAAGGCCGGCAUCAUGCGGCCCGACGUGCCCUGCGUCGUCGAUGACUCCAACCCGCCCAAUGUCAUGCAAGUCCUCAGGGAGCAGGCCCACAUCAUAGGAACAAACAUCAGUCUCUCAUCCAAGGCCGAGCCCUUGCUCGCCGACCUCGACCUCGAGAGGUUCAGUCUUGAGCCCUAUGAGCGAGAGAACCUCCUGUGCGCGGUGCUCGCCUUUCAGCUCCUUUUUCCCAAGCUCGAGCUUGACAUCGGCAAGCUCCUGGCCUCCAAGCCGUACCUCUCGGGCAGAAAAGAAAAGGUCAGGGUGUCCGCGCUGACCGGCGGCACCCGCAAGCAGCCCCUGUUGGUCGACGGCGCUCACAACAUGCUCGGCGUCGAGGCUCUGCACAAGCACGUGCAGGGCAAGGUGCGCCAAGGUCGUGAGCCCGUGACCUGGGUCAUGGGCCUGUCGGCCAGCACGACCAAGCCCUUUGCCAAGAUGAUUGAGACCCUCGUCCAGCCCCAGGACAACUUUGCCUUCAUCGAGUACGCGCCAAUGGCAAACACCCCACCGGCGGUGCCAGCCGAGAUUGGCCGAGACGUUGCCAAAGAGGUGCUCUUCGACGAGACUCAGCUCUACGACGGCGACCCGAGCAUCUCUCCCGCCCUGCGAUGGGCAUGCGAGAAAGCCGGCGAGGGCCCCAUCGUUGUGACCGGCAGUCUUUAUCUGAUAGGGGAGCUGCACAAGCUAGAGGGCGUCGAGGCUCAGUGGAAGAUUGGGACCAGGCGCCCCGGCCCCAGCCAGCUCUGGCACUACACACGGCUGUCGCAGGAGCGAGCUCUGACGCCCGAGGAGGCGCGCGAGUUCAAGCGAGCCCGGAGACAUUGGUACUUGUCUCCCAAGAGGAACGCGACGUUCAGGAGCGCGGCCGACGGCACCAAGCCGCUGCCGUGGGUGGUACCAGACAAAGUCCGCCAGCACCAGCGGACCGCGGCGCUACACAAGACGCAGGCGGACGAGUGCGCGGCCGCCAUUUCCAGCAUUGAAAAGGUGCUCCAGGCGGGUUCGCUGGACGGAGGCCAAGUCGCCGCGGGCCCUGCAGAGCUCGGCCAGAGCGUCCAAGAAUUGAAGAGACGGCGGGACGAGCAUCUUAAAGCGUAUAACCAAGCCAUGUUCAGGACGCGCGGUCACGAGGUCGAUCCGGAUAUGAAGACGCUCAGCUAUGAGCAGAUUUUCGGGAAGCCAGACAAGGCCAACAAGGGACAGGUGGUUUCCCUGCUGCACAAGCAUGGUCUGGACGAAGCAGACAUAGGAAUCGCGUCGACGGCGGCGUCAACCCCUGAAUCUGCGGCCCCCGAGGCGCCACAGCCUUCUCAAAACACCACUACUAACGACGCUCGGCAAUCACAGCCGCAACCAAGGGCGGCUCCCUCGGACCGAUGGGCUGAGAACGAGAUGCUCAAGGGACGACGCGGGAGUUGA